UUAGUGGAGUUUUCGUUGAAGAAGAAGAAGAGAAUAUGAUUUUUUCUGAAUGUUUUGGUGUGUGUUGUGCAGGAAAAAAAGUGAAAAAAUAGCUUUUAUCAGUGACUAUCAGAGAAUUUGGGAUCUAAAUGACUACCAUCACACUCUUGAGCAUCCACACUCCACCCAGGUGCAGAUAGCGAGUGUUAUCGCUGGCACAGGUGUUCAGUGGGAGAGAAUUUCUUGUGGCUGAAAAAGUUAACAAGUUCCCUUUGGAUGAGCUGUUAAAAAGUUUUUUUUUGGGUCAGGAAUUGGCAUAGUGAGAGUGUUUUUCAGGGACAAUUCCAGUGCUAAAAAUUGUGUUAAUUUUGGUGCCAGUGACGUGAAGCAUGGAGUAUGUUGAGAGCUGAGGUAGAAGGGUGUUGAAUUGAGUGUCAAGGCCACGGAAAAAAUGAAGGAUUCAGGAAGUCCACAAGCUCAGGGAGAUGCUGGGACCAAUGGGAAGAUGUGCAGUGUGUGUGGAGAUAAAGCACUGGGCUACAACUUCAAUGCUAUCACCUGCGAGAGCUGCAAGGCCUUCUUCAGGCGCAAUGCCCUGGCCACAAAACCACUCACCUGUCCUUUUAGUGAACAGUGUGAGAUCACUGUGGUCACCAGGCGCUUCUGCCAGCGAUGUCGCCUGGAGAAGUGCUUUGCCAUUGGCAUGAAGAAGGAGUAUAUCAUGUCAGAAGAGGACAAGAUUCAGAAACGCAGGAAAAUUGAGCAGAACAGGGCAAAGAAGAAACUGGCUCUGGGAGAGCCUCCAGUUAAGAUUAAGAGGGAACCUCCGGAUUCAGAUGUAUGGACACAGCGUCCAGAUAUCAGGGAUGGAAAUUCCUCAUCGUCAGAUGCAUCAUUCCAGCGCCAGGAAGGGCACUUUUCUUCAUCCCCAGAAAAUACAGGAUCCGUGUAUUCUCCCACAACGCCAACCCUGAAGUAUCUGCCCACGAUGGAAUCGACACCCUCUGAGAUUGUCAACAGUAUUGUGGACUCUCCAACGGAUGCCACACGUGUGAUUAACCACCUGAUGAAGACCCCCGAAGAUGCCAUUGAAGUCAUGGGAAAAAUUCUCAAUUCACCCAAAGACGCCAUUGUUCUUAUUAGCCACUUUAUCAGUGCUCCCGGAGAUGCUCUGAAAAUCAUCAGUAAAAUCAUGAAUUCCCCCUUUGAUGCUCUCACAGUGUUUACAAAAUUCAUGAGCUCUCCCACAGAUGCCUUUGAGAUCAUCACAAAGAUUAUCAGUUCGCCAAAUGAUGUCCUGCAAUUCCUUCAGCAACUGAUGAAGUCCCCAGCAGAUGGACUUCAGAUCAUGAACAAAUUCAUCAAUUCGCCCGCAGAGGCUCUAAAAAUGAUCAAUAAAAUGAUGAAUCACUCAAAAGUGGACUCCACCACCUCAUCCGGAGACAAAUCUCCGGAACUCGAGAGUUCCCUCAAGACAAUGCUGCACAGUAUGUUGCCCAUUGAAAGUCCCAAAUCGUCAGUAGGAUUAUCCCCGAGCUUUCCCAUGGCUUCAUCAACUUGCGAAGGUGGUUUGACUGAAGAUGCUCCUGAGAUCAAGGAAGAGGAGGAUGAAGCUAGGAAAAUUCUGGAGGAUGUGGAGAAAAUGCCCAUCCUGCCCAAUUCCAUCGAGUCCGUCCUGUGUGAAGCCAUCAAACUGGAGUACGAGGGGUGCUCGUCGAUGGGACAGACGGGUACCAAUAGCAGGGAGCUCAAUGAUGCUGAGAGAGCGAAACUCAAUGAGCUGAUUGUGGCCAAUAAAGCACUCUACGCACCAGUUGAUGAGGAUCUCUCAAGCCUCAUUUCUGAUGACUACAGAAUCAAGACAAAUCACAAUCAGCAAGAUCCACAGCUGCUCAAACUCGUCAAUUUGACUGCCGUAGCCAUCAGGCGACUGAUAAAGAUGUCCAAGAAAAUCAGCGCCUUCAAGAAUAUGUGCCAGGAGGAUCAGGUGGCUCUAUUGAAGGGUGGAUGCACAGAAAUGAUGAUCCUCCGUUCAGUUAUGCAAUACGAUAGCGAUAGGGCAUCUUGGAAGAUCCCUCACAAUCAAGAAGAAAUGUCCAGGCUCAAGGCGGAUGUGCUGAAAUUGGCCAAAGGAAAUGUCUACGAAGAACAUGAGAGAUUCAUCUUGACUUUUGAUCCUAAAUGGCGAACAGACGAAAAUAUCAUCUUGAUUAUGUGUGCCAUAACGCUCUUUUCGCCAGAUCGUCCAAGAAUUGUUCAUUCUGACGUCAUCAAGCUAGAACAGAACUCCUACUACUAUCUUCUGCGAAGGUACCUGGAGAGUGUGUAUCCGGGCUGCGAAGCGCGAUCAACCUUCCUGAAGCUGAUCCAGAAGGUGAAUGAGCUGAGGAAAUUGAAUGAAGUGAUCAUUGGUGUUUAUUUGGAUGUGAAUCCAUCACAAGUGGAACCUCUUCUGCGUGAAAUCUUUGAUAUGAAGAACCACUGAAAGGUUCUUUUCUAAAAAAAAAAUCACUCACAAACACAACACACCUGCUUUCUAUGGAAUAGAAACUGUCAAAGAAUCACUAGACCAGAGCAGAAAACAGUUUAAAAAACAAAAGAGAAUGUUUUUGCAUCAAGGAGCUUUAAGAAAUCUUCAUCACAUGUGAUAUUUGUAAAUUUCUUCAUUACAUUUUUUGAGUACCAGAACAAAGGCUAUAAAGGCAAACUGUCUUUUAAAUGAGGGAAGAAGCGGAGGGAGGAAUAGCGCGGAAAAUUACAGGUGCUAAUUUUCUCACGAAAAGGACAAGAAGUUGGUGAAUGUGACACAGAAAAAUGUUGAUUUUUGUAUGGAAAUUUUAACACAAAAUGCAAUUAUAAAUGUAAUAGUGUUUAAUUUUGGAAAUAUCUCUUUGAAAAGAUAAUAGAUUGAAAAUGUUUAAGAAA